UGUCAGUGACUGUCACUUGUGUUGUGACUGUCACUGCCUUUUAAAAAUCAGGCAGAAGCAUUUCAAAGGUUUUUAAUAAUGUUUUUCUGGUAAAAAAUUCAUUAGUGAGCUGUAUUACGUAGGAAGUGAAGGGUUAGUCCUAAGGAAAAAAGGUGCAUAUUGUACCUUGGAAGGAUUACUAUUCCAGGGAUUGGGAUUUCAAAAUGCCCAAACGAUUAUGCCCCUUCACUGAGAACGAACAUGAUAUGAAAAAACAGCUGAACGGGAACAGCACAGUCAGAGGAAUAAAGUCACAUAUGUCGGAGAAAACCUUGCAACUUCUAUUUCAAGGAGCCUCUAGAAAAUUGGAAAAACCACAAGAUAAUUGCAUAGAUGUGAAAAGCUGUUAUGUCUGUUUAGAAAGCUCGAGCUUUAGAGUAAAAUGCUCAUAUUGUGAUAAACAGAUAUGCAGCUCAUGUAGUAAAAAACAAUGUCCGAGGCUACAGUGAAAAAACUGCAAAAAGGACUCAAAUUAAGUGGAUUCAGCCUAAGAAGAGAAUUUUGUGAGAGGGUAGUAAAUGAAUUCUCCUCAAGUGGUAUUAACUUAGACGACAAUGGUGCCUUUGAAGAUACUAUUAAAAAACUGUGUACUUGUUUGGAAGAUCAGUGUCUGAUAGACCAAAGUAUAGAAAAGCAGCAUAUUGAUCGUGUUAUAGAAGUUUGUCUUCGAUCAGGAUAUGAUCAAAAUGAAACAGUAUUCAAUUUGAUCAAUGCAUUCGAUUUUCCAAAGUUAUACUACAACAUAGAUCGUAAACUAUUUUUCCUUGAUUCAAAACCCUCAAUGCUGCUUUCAGAUUCCGAUUCAAAGGCUCGGUUGUUUUUAGAUCGUUACUAUACCGUUUUGCAACGCACACGACGUAGUUUUCAGCAGAAAUCUUCAGGCCAGGAGUCACUUAAACUACAGACUGUAGAUUACCUCCUCACUUUAUCUUAUGUAACACUAGAUCGAACUUUAGUGUUAGGCUCCUUGAUUCAAGUUUCUGAAGGUAAAUAUUACUUGGAAGACCCUACUGGCAUGGUUGAGCUGGAUUUGGUACAUGCUAAGUAUCAUGGUGGAUUUUUUGUUGAAAAUUGUUUUGUUCUGGUUAAUGGCUUUUAUGAGGAUAAAGUAUUACAUGUCUCAACUGUUGUACUGCCACCAAGUGAAGAUUUUUUAAAUUCUAGACCAUCAUUUCCAAAUUUGAAUUAUUUUGGAGGGUCAUCCAGUGCUUUGCUGAGAGAAUCAGUCAGACUCAAGGAACAUUUACUUGCAAAUGAAAGUAAGAUUAUGUUGUUCUUCUCAGAUGUAUGGCUUGAUCAGCCUCUAGUUUUACAAAAAUUACAAAUUUUAUUUGAAGGCUUGCAAGAUAUGCCCCCCAUAGCCUUUGUUUUCAUGGGAAAUUUCAUGUCAACAACACAUGGUGGCAAUGUAAUGGAUACUCUAAAAAGACAGUUUAAGAAGUUAACAGAUCUGAUAUUAAAAUUUCCUGAGAUUGCAAAUAAUAGCAAUUUUGUGUUUGUACCAGGUUUGUCCGACCCAUGUACUGCACAUAUGGUACCCAGACUAGCUUUACCAAACUACCUCACAGAACAAGUUAAGCAUGUUCUACCAAAGGCAAUUUUUGCAACCAAUCCUUGUAGAAUCCAAUACUGCACUAGAGAAAUAACUGUAUUUCGAGCAGAUCUACUGUCAAAAUUACUCCAAAGUACUUUGUAUAAACCCACAAAAGAUGAAAUUGUAGAUUGUCUAACAAAGACUGUGAUUAGCCAGGGUCAUCUAAGUCCCUUACCGCUGAAUUCACUGACAGUGCAUUGGGACUUUGACUAUACUUUAAGACUGUAUCCAUUGCCUGAUUUGGUAGUGAUAGGUGAUAAAUCCGAAGCAUAUCAAGGGCAUUUCAAAGGUUGUAGAGUAAUAAAUCCAGGGGCAUUCUGUGAAGGAGGAUUUCAAUUUAAGGCUUAUACACCUUCUACAAAUGAGAUUGAUGAUUGUGACUUGGAAAAUGUGUCCGACUGAUUUAUAAUAGAUGUGUAAAUAAAAUUUAAUUAAUAUAAAAUUGUUAAAAAUAAA